ACACGUACGUAACCGCGUCCCGGCCUUCCGCACGGCGGCCCAUGUGGGCCUUACUCGAACAGGAGAGGACGCGCGACCGUGAGCUCCGUGGAUCGAGGCGCGCGCGACGAUGAGAUGUCCCGUGGGUGAGGGGCCGCGGGCCCGGCGCCCGGGGUGACGGAUUCGCCCGGGGCCCAGUGACGAGCCGCCGGCCAAGGAAUGCGCGGCCGGAGUUUAACUAACCACUCCAUGCGCUCGGUGAUGUAAGAGAUGCGUCGGGGUGACAUCGCAGUGACCGCGAUUGCCCUCCUCAUACUCGGGCAGAUCCAGGGCCCGCGACAUUCCAGGGUGGUCGGAGCCGCGGUGGUCGGAGCGGCGGUGUGCGCCCGUAUCCCAGGACUGGGCAAGAGUCAGCGAGAGUUGUGCAGAAAGGUGCCGUACGCGAUGCCGGCAGUCGGUGAAGGCGCCGAGCUUGGGCUGAAGGAGUGUCGGCACCAGUUCCGGCACCAUCGCUGGAACUGCUCGCACGUCGUGGAGAACCAGAUUUUCGGCCACGUCGUCGUAGUCGGAAGCCGAGAAGCCGCCUUUACAUACGCGAUAAGUUCAGCGGGUAUCACGUACGCAGUGACGGCCGCUUGCAGCCGAGGAAACAUUACAGCCUGCGGCUGCGAGCCAACAAUAAGAACGCGGAAGGAGGUGCCACCGAACGGCUGGGAAUGGGGCGGAUGCAGCGCCGACGUUACCUAUGGAAUGAGGUUCGCGCGUAGGUUUCUGGACGCGAGAGAAAUUGAGGGCGACGCACGGAGCCUCAUGAAUCUGCACAAUAAUAAGGCUGGCAGGAAGAUAGUGAAGGCCCUCCUGCAGACGGAAUGCAAGUGCCACGGAGUAUCCGGUUCCUGCACCGUGAGAACCUGCUGGCGGACUUUGCCCAGCUUUCGUCAAAUCGGCGAUGCCCUCAUGAAAAAAUACUACAGGGCGAGACCAGUUAUAGCGAUUACACCGCCCCCGCCGCCCACGAUACAGAGUACGGAGGCGCUGUUACGCUCGUCGGAGGUGUCGCCGAUCCUCGGCAACGACGCCAAGACCCAAGGCAACCCGAGCGAGUUCUCGAGGUACGUCGACGAGCGGAACCGCGCCCUCAGGAAGUCGGGGGGCGCCUCGACGAUGGCCGGCGGCGUCUCCAAGCAGCCGAGGCGGACGCACCUUGUACUGAAGAGGGUGAAGUUCGGUAACGGGCCCGGCAUUAGCCAGAAGCGAAUCCCCAAGAGGAGCGAGCUCGUCUUCCUCCAGCCGUCGCCCAAUUAUUGCGAGCCGGACCUCGUGCAGGGCAGCCUCGGCACUCAGGGCAGAUAUUGCAACCGCACGAGCAGAGGUACGGACGGCUGCGACCUGAUGUGCUGCGGCCGAGGCUACAACACCCACCAGUUCACGCGCUCCUGGCAAUGCGGCUGCAAGUUUCACUGGUGUUGCAAAGUGCACUGCGAAACGUGCACCGAACGCACCGAGGAAUACACCUGCAAAUGAGCCUGUAUCGGCCCGUCCCACCCCACCCAACCGCCG